GGGCCUCCGAUGAAGAAUGCAAUGCGCACCAGAAGGCUGCAAAAACGUUUGUUCAGAGGUUACUGCAUCCUUUGUCCGAAAGCCGUGAGAUUUUCGCUCCUUUCGCUUCGGACUUAUGAAAGGAUCUAUCGUGCAUGCCGCAUCGGUUCCUUGUCUAGUACGGUAAUAACUACUCUUCACCACGGCAGCUUUUGAUGUUCAAGCCCAACCUCUCAAGCUAUCUUCGAUAUGGACAUUAAUCAAAGAGCAAGUUUAACUCUCGGUACCCAGCGAUCCCCACCAGAUACGCUAGAUGUCGCCCGUUUCCAUUUGCAAGCCGCAGGCCACGAUGGCACAAUUGACGCGUCUUUGGAUCACAGGAACUUGUACAAACCCACGACCCAAGAAGAAAUCCAGUUCUAUGAGAAUAUUAACGAUUUCGACUUCCUCAUUGAACACCCCGGAUUAGUCAAGAUAAAGCCUUUUAUUCCAACAUACAAGGGAUGUGUUGAUCGCUCCUCAUAUAUCAGGUCCGAUGAUUCCAUACAAACCGAAGAUGCAGAAGAGGUUCCUGUGUACGGAGAAGGUGGAGAAGUGAUCGGAUACAAGGAAAACAUUGCAAAGAAGCACACUCAGUCAAUUGUACUUUCAAACUUGUUAUACGGGUUGCUGAACCCUAUCGUAGCCGAUUUCAAACUAGGGAAACGAUGGUGGGGAAGUCGAUCAGGACGGGCCAAGCGUCUUAGGCAUGAUAAGUCAUGCGCGGCCACGACAAGUGGUACAACAGGUAUUAUGUUUGCAGGGGCACAUACAUGGGUCCCUGGUAAAGAAACCUGCGUUUCGACUACCAAAAGCUACGGCUAUAGCCUUCGAGAUGACAAUUUGAGCGAUUCUAUGGCAUGUGUCUUCCCAAGCGUUACCGAUUGGCAUCUUUUUUCUAAAAAACCACAUCUGACUUUACGGACUGACCCGAGCAGUAGGCUGCAAAGAAAACCGUCGUCGGAUUGCAUGGCAGACAUGUUAAGUAGGACCUUAAAGACCAUUGAAAGCGUUACCGAUAUAAGAACAGCUAUGAAAGAAUCAGGAUGGAGCUAUCCAGGAAGUUCGCUGCUCAUCGCGCAUGGUGUGUCCGAGUUUACGGGGAAGACAGAAGUCAGAUGUGCUUUAAUAGACUUUGCGCAUGCGCAUGAGCACAACGACGAGCUGCCUCCGGAUGGCGUUGACGAUGGAUUGGAGACGUUGUCCAAGCUGCUAAAAGACAGAGCCAAUUACUUGCAAUCCUACCGCUCCACGACCACUCGGUGCGAUGAUACAGCAGAGCUCUGAAAUGCAGCUUUGGAACUCGACGGUUCUAUAUUUCCACUAGAUGAUUCCAAAAACCAUGC